ACUAUUCGUCAUCUUCCUCCUAUAUAAACACACACACACACUGAUGCAUUGCGUUGCAGUACCUCUCUCUCACUCGUUGAGAUCAUCGAUAAUUUGACGCGGCUAACGGAUACGCGUGGAUUGCCGUGAAAAUCUCUCUCGGAUUUCGAUCAAACUGAUUUCAGAUAUUCGCUCUUUCUCCGUUAAUUUCGUGUUUUUUUUGUUGGAAAAUCUGCGAAUUUUGGUUUUAUAGGGCUGAGGCUUCUCUUUGUUUAAUCGCUGCCUUACCUGAAACGCUCUUAGCUAUGGAGGAUUAUGUCUUGAUCAAGUUCAAGUAUGGGAAUGUGGUUAGGCGUUUCAAUGCCCCUAUUACUGAUGACAAACUUUUUGUGAGCAUGGAUGGGCUGAGAGAGAAGGUCCUUUAUCUCUUCAGCCUUGCUCCUGGCACUGAUCUGAGGCUUACAUAUCUUGAUGAAGAUAAUGAGGUCAUUACUCUUGCUGACGACGAAGAUCUUUGCGAUAUCGUGAAACAGGACCUCGACCCUGUGAGAGUAACUGUGAAUGUGAACAAUGUUACAAAUGCGAACCAAACUUACCAACCUCGACCAAAUCUGAUCACCGGAAACUCAAGAGCUGCUGUAGGUGAUGCUAUCAAGAUGAUGUAUCCACCUACCAAGAUGAUGUAUCCUAAAAAAGAUGAUGUAGAUUUGGGCUUAAUUCGUCGUGUAUGUGGCACUUAUGAGGGCCCAAUUUCUGGUACACCACUGCAAAAUAUCUCAGCUGCUUCACCACACUCUGCUUCUGAUGCAAAUCCCUUUAGGGGAAGUCGUGGUCAAGAUGAUAGCAGUGGGAGUUAUUGUCAUUGGGGGGUUGGUUGUGAUGGUUGUGGCAUAGUUCCUAUAGUUGGCCCCAGGUUCAAGUCUAAAGUGAAGUUGGAUUAUGACUUAUGCCUAGAUUGCCAUAGUAAAAUAGGGAAUGGCAAUGAUUGUGUCAGAAUAGAGCGCCCAACAAUUGCUCAACAUCAUUUGCCAUAUUUACGGGCCAGGGACCGGGGUGCGAUCCCUCGUGUUUUGAGAGGUUCGAAGGUUGAACCAAAUGUUGAAAAGCUAGAUAGCCGCUUCAUCCAAGAUGUUAACAUAUUUGAUGGUUGUGUGAUGGAACCUUUAACUCCAUUUACCAAGAUAUGGAGGAUGAGGAACAGCGGUACACUUGCAUGGCCCAAGAAAACAAAACUUGUUUGGAUCGGAGGCGAUCAAUUGACCAAUGCAGAAUCUAUUGAAGUUCCGAUUCCUGAUGCUGGAUUGCUGGUAGACCAGGAGCUUGAUGUUUCCAUUCGUUUCAUCUCUCCAAAGCAUUCGGGGCGCUAUAUCUCGUAUUGGAGACUGGCUUCGCCAUCCGGUGAAAAGUUCGGCCAGCGUGUUUGGGUCAUAAUCCAGGUUGAGGCUCCUGCUAUUGAAGAAGAAUCUCCUCGUGAGACACUGAGAGAUUUGAAUCUUAACUUGCCACCGCCACCACCACCUAUAUACAAGCUGCCACCGCCACCACCACCACCACCACCACCUCGUCGAACACCCUUUGCUAGUAUACCUGAAUCUAUUGAGCUUCACAAAAAGAGUCUAAUGGAGGAUAAACUUCUGGGGGAACUUAAGGAGAUGGGAUUUGAUCAGGUCGAUCGGAACAAGCAACUCUUGAGGAUGAACGGGUAUGAUCUCGACCAAGCAGUGGAUGAUCUUUGUGGUGUUUCAGAGUGGGAUCCCAUCCUCGAAGAGCUCGAAGAGAUGGGUUUUCAUAACACAGAAAUGAACAAGAAGCUGCUGACGAAGAAUAAUGGGAGCAUCAAGCGCGUCGUCAUGGGCCUUAUCUCUGGAGUGGAGGAGGUUUAGCAAGCAUUGUUUAAGAUCCACGUAUAUGAUGGCUAUGAAUAAAUGGUGUGGACCUCAAGGGGGCUUAGAUUGUUUUUUUUGAACUUAGUAGCUAUUUUUAUAUAAGUUUUUAACAUUGAUAGACAUUGCUCUCUAGUUUUCAGUAUCUAUUCAUGUGUUUAUUGCUUCA